UCCGGUCACCGAGGCGGGCGGCUAGAGCGGCGGCGGGCGGCGGGUAUGGAGGAGGCUCAGCGGCGAGCCCUGCGGCGGGCGCGGACGCGGCUGGUGGCGGAGUUGCGGGUGGCGCCGCUCUGGGACCCGCUGGAGGAGCGCGGCCUCUUCACCCGGCCCAUGGUCGAGGAGCUGCAGAGUGCUGGCAGCCGAGGAGAGCAAGCCCGGCAGCUGGUCAUUGACCUGGAGACUCGAGGGAAACAGGCUUUUCCUAUAUUCCUCUCGAUCCUGCGGGACACCGGGCAGGGCGACCUCGCAGACAUGCUGGUCGAAGAGUGCGAAAUGCUGCCAGCGCCACCGCAGCCAGUAGACCUGAGGCCCGUUGAGCUGGACUUCCAUAGAGAUAAACAAAAUAAAAAUGUGAACUUCCCUGAACGUUUGUCUAUCCCGAUCCAAGCUGAGAGUGAAAGACCUCGAAUGCCUCCUGUGCCUGCCUGGGGUUCGUCUGUUGACAAGAGGAACUACGAUCUGGUUUACCAGCUGAAAGCGGACCCAUGCGGGUACUGCCUGAUCCUCAACAACGUGAACUUCAGUAGAGGCUCAGAUCUGUCGACUCGAGAUGGCUCCGACGUGGACUGCAAGAAGCUGGAGAAACGCUUCAAGGCCUUGCGCUUCAAUGUCCUGACUCGGCGGAAUCUCAAAGCUGAGGAAAUGGUUUCAGAGCUGCAGAAGCUGGCACGGCGGGACCACGGCGCCUUGGACUGCUGCGUCGUGGUGAUCCUUUCCCAUGGUUGUCAGACGAGCCAUAUUCAGUUUCCUGGAGGCAUUUACGGAACGGAUGGAAAUCACAUUCCAAUAGAAAAGAUUGUGAACUAUUUCAAUGGGUCCAAUUGUCCGAGUUUGAGAGGAAAACCCAAACUCUUCUUCAUCCAGGCCUGUGGUGGAGAACAAAGAGAUCAAGGCUUUCUAGUGGAUUGUGACUCAUCUGGCGAUGAAGCUCCUGGAGGUUCUUUGCAGUCAGAUGCGACUCCUUAUCGGGCUCUGGAGGGUAAUACGGACGAGCCGGACGCUGUGGCAAGUUUGCCCACGCCCAGCGACAUCUUGGUCUCCUACUCGACAUUUCCAGGUUUUGUCUCCUGGAGGGAGGUGUCGAGCGGCUCGUGGUACGUGGAGACGCUGGACAGCGUGCUGCAGCAAUACGCCCGUUCGGAAGACCUGCUGAACAUGUUGCUGCGGGUGGCGAACGCCGUCUCUGCCAAGGGGAAGUACAAGCAGAUCCCGGGCUGCUUCAACUUUCUCCGUAAAAAAUUCUUCUUUGCAUGCGAAUGACGGGCGGGCUCCGAGGUCCCCGCCAAGCGUGAGUUACCUCCCUGCGGCCGGAUGAAAUCUGCGCCUGCUGUGACUCGGCGUUGAUGCUCCUGGUGGUGUCUGUCUGUCUGUCUGACUUGAGAAAUGCAAUCUGUGAAUGCUGUCCUCGCUGUGAAAUAGAACAUGGCGACAGGUGCUGCGCUGAUGGGAAACGCUAGGGACAGAGCAGGGCUGGGUGAAGGAAGCCCCUUUACUGGGGCACGUGCCGGCCCGGAGCCUCCGCGCUGGCGGAGGAGAGCGCCUCUAGCUCGCCACGCCGUGGCCGUGCUCAGCCUCCCAGGAUCGUUUCUCGGUGAUUGCGAUGUUCGUGUUCUUUGCUGUCUGGAAAACUGAUUGAUGUAAUCAAGGUCUGGUGCUUAAGUGGAAUCAAAUGGUUUUUGUAAUCGAUAUUUCUUGUUUUCGAUAAAACACAACAAGAGAGGAAAAAAUCUUCUGUGGCAUA